AUGAAGAAAGAAGAUAACCUCAAAGAGACGCGGCAGCAGCAGCAGCAGCAGCGGGAAAGGGAAAUUAGGGAAGGAGAGCUUCUUGCUGCUGAGGACAUCAACGUGCUGCUGCUGCUGCAGCAGGAGCAGCAGCAGCAAGAAGAUGAAGCAAACGAAGAAGACGCAGAAGCACCUGCAGAGGCCGAAGAGACUCCCGAAGACCCUGAAGAACAAUAA